AAUAAUAAUUAUUAUUAUAAUUAUAUAAAUACUAAAAUACCUACCUAUAUUAUAUUUAAAAAUUUUAGGUAUUCAAUUCGUGACAAAAGAAAUUUUUGUGCUUUUUAAGUUAUUGUUUCCUCAAAUAGAUGAAGAUUACGACACUUAUAAAAAACGUUUCUACAAUAGUUUGAUAAACAGUGACGAUGAAACAAAGAAACAGCUAUCAUUAUUCGUCCAGUAUAUGAAAUUUCAUGCUUUUGAUUAUAAAACGUCCCAAGAUACGGAGAUUACUCCAGAAACGUCCGGAGAUAUGAACACUGCUAUAAUAACAUCCGAAAUCACGGACAUUGCUGCAGAAACAUCUGGAACCACGUCUGUCAAAAUAUAUGGAGCUAUGACCUUCGAAGAAUUUAAAGUGUUCAAACUCAGUUUACCAAUACCAAAUGAACGCCGUGAUGAUUAUAUAAUCAGAAUAAAUAAACUUGCGUCUUUAGCAAAACGUGAUGGCAUCAAGGAACAUGUUGAACCUGAAAUAUUACCUGAAGAGCUUUAUCAAAAUUUAUUUGACUCGUAUCCGAAAGAAACCAAUCGUAAUUAUGAUGAUUAUCUUGAAAAUAUGGAAUGUAAGAAUAGCAUACCGGUGUCAAGAGACACAUUCGAUAAAUUACUCAAAGUUUCAAAUUCGAUGGAUUAUAAUCCUUACACGUUUGAUUACUCAUCAUUCUACAAAAUAAUAGUUACUUCAAAAGAUCAGCUAUCAUAUCCAUCAUGGCCGUGGUACGUCGAUAGCGGAAAACAAAAUUAAAAAGAAAAUGCACCUAAGAGUAGUACAAGUUUAGUAUUACUUCAACAUAUAAAUGUACCUAUUAAUAAUUAAUAUUUAUGCAAUCUAUUUUCGUAUAGUAAAUUAAUAUUUAUAAUAAUAUAAUACA